CUAAGACUGACUCUCAGUAGAGUUUCCUUGACCCAGCUGUGUCUCUGAAGAGUGACUGGUCCAAAGAUCAUCCUAUGAACUUCAGCACUGAACCUGGACCUUCAGACCCACAAUUGACUUCAGACCAGAACAUGAGUGUUCGUUUAGAGGAAGAGGAGGACAGAGCAGAGUCUCCUGGACCCAGCUGUGUGUCUCUGAAGAGUGACGAGUCCGAAGAUCUUCCUCCAGACAUCAGUAAUGAACCCGGACCCUCAGACUCACAGGUGAGGGGGAGGGAGAGGAGUCCUGUCUCUGUGGACGAGCAGCCGUCCUGCUGUGCUGUGUGUCAGGACGUCUUGAAGGAUCCGGUCUCUACCAGCUGUGGACACUGGUUCUGCAGACAGUGCCUCACCUCAUACUGGGACCAGUCUGGGUCACCAGGAGGCUCCUCCUGUCCCCAGUGUGGAAACAGGUCCAGAACAGGACCUGGACCUGAUACAGCCAGUCAGACCAGCCCUGCACAAAAGCCUGGUGGUCUGCAGGAGGUUUUAAAGGAACAUAAGAUCAGUCUGAGGAGGAGAUGUGAACGUGUGACUGAAGGAAGUGAUGAAACAGGAAGUAGAACCCUCCUCAACAGGAUCUACACUGAGCUCUACAUCACAGAGGGACAGAGUGAAGAGAUGAAUACCCAACAUGAGGUGAGCCAGCUGGAGACCGCCUCCAAGAAGAAGAUCCUCCAGGACACUCCCAUCAAGUGCCAGGACAUCUUCAGAGCCUUACCUGGUCAACAGGUACCCAUCAGAGUGGUUCUGACAGUCGGCGUUGCUGGUGUUGGAAAAACCUUCUCAGUGCAGAAGUUCACUCUGGACUGGGCAGAGGGCUUGGAGAACCAAGACCUCAGUCUGGUGGUUCUGCUUUCAUUCAGGGAGCUGAACUUGAUCAGAGAUAAGCGGUACAGUCUCCUCCAGCUGCUCCAUGAUUUCCAUCCAACAUUACAGAAGGUCUCAGCAGAGGCGCUGGCUGUCUGUAAACUGGUGUUCAUCUUUGACGGCCUGGACGAAAGCAGACUGUCUCUGGAUUUCAACAACACUCAGGUUGUGUCUGACGUCACACAGAGCUCAUCCAUAAACCUGCUGUUAACAAACCUCAUCCAGGGGAAUCUGCUCCCCUCAGCUCUGGUCUGGAUCACUUCUCGACCCGCAGCAGCCAAUCAGAUCCCUCCCUCAUGCGUUGACAGGGUAACAGAAGUCCGAGGCUUCACUGACGCCCAGAAGGAGGAGUACUUCAGGAAGAGGUUCAGUGAUGAAGAUCUGUCCAGCAGAAUCAUCUCACACAUCAAGACCUCCAGGAGCCUCCACAUCAUGUGUCAGAUCCCGGUCUUCUGCUGGAUCACUGCUACAGUUCUGGAGCAUAUGAUGAGCACAGAGCAGAGAGGAGAGCUGCCCAAGACCCUGACCGACAUGUACUCACACUUCCUGCUGGUCCAGACCAAGAGGAAGAGGAAGAAGUACGCUGAGGGUCCUGAGACCAGUCCUCAGGAGCUGAUGGAGGCUGACGGGGAAGUUCUCCUGAAGCUGGGCAGGCUGGCGUUUGAACAUCUGGAGGAAGGAAACAUCAUGUUCUACCAAGAAGACCUGGAGCACUGUGGUCUGGAUGUCACAGAGGCCUCGGUGUACUCAGGACUCUGUACACAGAUCUUCAAAAGAGAGUAUGUGAUCUUCCAGAAAACAGUCUACUGCUUUGUUCAUCUGAGCGUUCAGGAGUUUCUGGCUGCAGUCUACAUGUUCCACUGUUUCACAACCAGGAACAAAGCAGCACUGAAGGAACAAGACAGGAGCAAAGCAGCACUGGAGGAACAAGACAGGAACACAGCAGCACUGAAGGAACAAGACAGGAGCAAAGCAGCACUGGAGGAACAAGACAGGAACACAGCAGCACUGAAGGAACAAGACAUGAACACAGCAGCACUGGAGGCUUUACUGGGGAAACAACACAAAGUUUCAACUCUUGAAGACCUCCUGAAGGGAGCUAUGGUGAAAGCUCUGAGAAGUAAAAAUGGUCACCUGGACCUGUUUGUCCGCUUCCUUCAUGGACUCUCUCUAGAGUCAAACCGGAGACUCUUAGGAGGCCUGCUGGGUCACACAGACAACUGCCCAGAGAUGAUCCAAAGAGUCAUCAACAACCUGAAGAAGAUGAACAGUGGUAAGAUCUCUCCUGACAGAAGCAUCAACAUCUUCCACUGUCUGACGGAGAUGAACGACCUCUCAGUCCAUCAGGAGAUCCAAGAGUUCCUGAAGUCAGAGACCAGAUCAGAGAGACUCUCUGUGAUCCAGUGCUCUGCUCUGGCCCACAUGCUGCAGAUGUCAGAGGAGGUUCUGGAUGAGUUAGAUAUGGAGAAGUACAGAACAUCAGAAGAGGGUCGAUGGAGACUGAUUCCAGCUGUGAGAAAAUGCAGGAAGGCUGUACUUACAGAAUGUUGGCUCACAGAGACUCACUGUGAAGUUGUGGCCUCUGCUCUGAAGUCCAACCCCUCCCACCUGAGACACCUGGACAUGACUAACAACUAUGAGCUGAAGGAAUCAGGAGUGAAGCUUCUGUCAGCUGGACUGAAGAGUCCUCACUGCAGACUGGAGACUCUGAGAUUGAUAUCCUGCAGUUUGUCAGAGAUCAGCUGUGAUUAUCUGGCCUCUGCUCUGAAGUCCAACCCCUCACAUUUAAUUGAACUGGAGCUGAGCUACAACAAGCUGCAGGAUUCAGGAGUGGAGCAUCUGUGUGGUUUUCUGGAGAGUCCACUCUGCAGACUGGAGACUCUGAGAUUAAAGGGCUGCAGUUUGUCAGAGAUCAGUUGUGCUUCUCUGGCCUCUGCUUUUAAGUCCAACCCCUCCCAUCUGAGAGAGCUGGACCUGAGAAGAAACAAGCUGCAGGAUUCCGGAGCGGAGCAUCUGUGUGGUUUUCUGGAGAGUCCUCAAUGCAGACUGGACACUCUGAGGUUGAGGUGGUGCUGGUUGUCAGAGAUCAGCUGUGCUUCCCUGGCCUCUGCUCUGAAGUCCAACCCCUCCCAUCUGAGAGAGCUGGAGCUGAGUGACACCAACCUGCAGGAUUCAGAUAUGAAGCUUCUGUCUGAUCUUGUGGAGAGUCCCCUCUACAGACUGGAGUCUCUGAGCUGGAGGUGAUCUCAGUGAGAGAGGAGAUGAUCCAGAGAGGAUGAAGCAGCAGCAGCCUGUGUGAGGAGAGGCUCUGACUGGACCGUGUCACUGGGAGGAAGAGGAAGAGGAGAGCUUCAUCCAGCAGUAACUGACUGAGGAAUCACAGCAGGUGGAGGUGGCUGUCAGUGCUGCAGUCUGCUCUGAGAUCAGCUCCAGUCUCAGAGACAGUGUAAGGUCCAGCAUCAUCAGAGUGUGUGUGGACGGCUCUGUCCUUCUACACACUGAGACUCCUCACCUCCUUCUGCUGCAUACUCAGCCCCCUCCUCCACCUGGAACCUGGAACCUGAUUGUGAUGAAAAUGUUUUGAUAACUGUUUCCAUAUUGAUCAUCACUGAUCUCUUUCCCUGUAUAUAUUCAGAAAAUGUUUCCAGUUUGGAGGGUAACUUCAGAGUUCAUGCAUUAACAUGCUCUCUCUUGUUUAUCACUCGUUUUUAAGGCUGCAUUCUUUCUGAAGAGAAUCAAAAGAGAAUAAAGCAGAGUCACGUGUAGCUUAGCUUAUUUCUACAAAAACUCUAGGUCCUGAAUCCUGAGCCAUGAUUGGCUACUAGCCUCGUCAGAGGCAGCACAAUAUAAGACACGCCGGUAUCUAAGACGUAGUUUGUAUUUGGGGUGAAAAGGGUUUGAGCUGUCUUCUUGUGUGUAGAACUCCUUUGCUUUCAACCAAGUCCACAAUGUGCAGUUUUUGUUUACGCCAUCGUGCUAGUUAACGGUACGCUGGUUGACCUGGAGUUCAGUUUAGUUCUUAAAAAUGUAUAUAUUGCAUUCUUGUUAGCUUUGUAAAAUCCGACCUGCUAAAUCUGAUUGUGAACACGGUCUCAUUAAAGCUGAAUAUGAGCUCA